AUGGCCGCGUUUUUUGACAAGCACGCCCGCGCCGGACACCCUCUUACGGAGGAGAGCAUCUGUGACUUACUAGAACGCGGAAAUCUCUCAGAAAUCGAAGAUUUGGACGAUGACGACGUAGAAUUCAAUUCAGACUUUCUAUUUCGAGAAACUGCUGCAGAAAAUGUACAUGAAGAGAAGCAAGAGGAAAGGGAAAAUCCGCUUUGGAAAGUGCAGCCCAUGGUGAACAAGGUAAAAGAAACUUGUAAUAAACUGGAAAGGGUUCCGGGCUUCUAUUCUGUGGACGAACAAAUGAUACCCUUCACAGGACGCUAUCUCUCAAUCGUUAAUUCUUGGAGGCUUUACAAGAACGAUUGUGUCGCAAAUAAAUUUCCCAGAAAAGACACAAUGCCACUUCUUGACUUCCGCAUGGAUGUUGCUAACAGUUUAUCAUCUUUACCCGAUCGUAGACCAAGAGAAGAUUGCGACGAAGAUAUAACUGCUCGAAUGGUUCAGAAAUACAAAAGAAAAACUCAACAGGCAUCGUGGGAUGUUACAACCAUGAAGCUAGCAAUGGAAGAGGCAGGAAAAACAUCAGUCAGGAAUGCUGCUAAAAGAUAUGGUAUUAAUUUGUCAACUCUACAAAGACAUAUUAAAAAAGGUUCUGCGGAAAAAAGUCUUGGCCGAUUUCGUUGCGUUUUUACAGAAGAACAAGAAACAGAAUUAAUUGAAUAUUUAUUUCACAUGGACAACUUGUUUUAUGGCCUGAACAAACAAGAAUUUUGCCGUCUGGCUUUCGAGUAUGCAACAGCCAAUAAUAUACCUCAUCUAUUCAAACAAAAUACUGCAGGAGAUGAUUGGUACAAAAGUUUUAGAAUCAGACAUCCUGAAGUUACAUUGAGACAACCCGAACCGACCUCAGUAGCUCGUGCCCGAGGAUUUAAUAGGCCACAGGUGGAAAGAUUCUUCAAUCUCCUAGAAGAGCAGAUUGACAAACACAAAGUAGAUGCUACGAGAAUUUAUAAUGUUGACGAAACGGGCAUCCAAACAACCAGCAACAAGCCUCCAAAAGUUCUCUCAAAAACAGGCAAAAAGCAAGUAGGAGUCAUAUCUAGUGUCGAAAGAGGAAAAUUGACAACAAUCGUAUGCUGUUGCAAUGCAGCUGGCGGUUUUAUACCACCGUUUAUGAUAUUUGGACGAAAACGCAUGCAGGAACGACUGUUGGAUGGAUCACCACCAGGCACUGAAGCCGUUUGUACUGAUAAUGGAUGGAUUUCUGGUCCAACUUUCUUGGAUUGGCUGCGACAUUUCGUGGCAAUGACAAGACCAACUCAAGAAAAGAAAGUUAUUCUUAUAUUGGACAAUCAUUCCUCACACAAAUAUUUGCCAGCUCUGGAUUAUGCUUCAAAAAACCACGUGAUCUUCAUUUCAUUGGCUCCACGUACCACUCACCAGACACAGCCGUUAGACAGAUGCAUCUACGGCCCACUGAAAACUUAUUUUGAACAAGCAGUUUCUGUUUUUCAACGAAAUCAUGUGGGGCGAAUCAUCUCGCAAUACGACGUAGCCAAGUUAUUUGGAGAAGCAUACUUGAAAGCAGCAAGUCCUCAAAAUGCAGUGAAAGGAUUCAAGUCAACUGGCAUUUGGCCAACAAACCGGUUUAUAUUCACUGACGAUGACUAUCUUCCUGCAACAAUGACUGACAGACCAGAAGCACCAAAUGUAUCUGAUAUUUCAACUUCUGCGCUUACAGCUUCUGAAGUUCUUCAGAUUGUUGAUGUCAUACCCAGUGUUGUUGAACCUGAUGCACUCCAUCAAAACUCCGAAUCCGAGAUACCCAUCGAAUUUCCACUAAUUCCUUCUUAUCACACUCAUCCACGUGGUUCUAUAGACUCCGAUCGCACAGUUUCACCUUCAGUAUUAGAUCAAAUUAUUGAGGAUUUUAAUGAGAAGUCUGCACCUGUUGAUGAAGCUUUUAGUAAACAAUCAGCUUCAACGAUUAAUCCUGAUCAAGCUAAAACAAAAAAGGUUACCCCAAUGGACAUUCGGCCAACACCUAAACAAACUGCUCCUAAAACAUCACGUAAAAGAAAAUUGCAAAAGGCUGAAAUUUUAACCAGCACUCCCAUAAAGGAGCAGCAACGAGAAAUUGAGUUGAAGAAGCAGAAAGUUCCAAUGAAAAAAUUGCAGAAAAAGAUAUCAAAAAAUAUAUCAACCAAGAAAGGAAACAAAAAAGCGACGGCAUCCACUUCAGGUAAAAAGAAGACUGUGCCAAGCCGCAAAACGACAACAGGACCAAAACAAGCCUCUGAAGAAGACGAAGUAUGUUUCUUAUGUCAGCAAAAGUACACAGACCCUCCCGAUGAAGAUUGGAUCAAAUGUGAUGACUGUCAGUCUUGGGUGCAUGAGGCGUGCACAGGCUAUUCUGGCAUCGGAGCCUACUACUGUGAUCUGUGCCUUUAA